GGAGCAGCGAGGCUACUGGGUGGUAGCGACGCCAUGGAGCCGGGCGCGGAGCGGAAGAGGCAGCGCGAAGAGGCGGCCGACGGAUCCGACAUGUCGGGGGAGGACGACGAGGACUACGUGCCCUAUGUGCCGGUGAAGCAGCGCAAGCAGCAGAUGCUGCAGAAGCUGCUGCAGAUGCGGCGCAAGGUGGUGUCAGAGGAGGAGCAGCGGGACAGCGGCGGCGAGCAGCGCGGGGAUGAGGAUGACAUCCCCCUGGGGCCACAGUCCAACAUCAGCCUCCUGGACCAGCACCAGCACCUCAAGGAGAAGGCAGAGGCCCGGAAGGAGUCAGCAAAGGAGAAGCAGCUGAAGGAGGAGGAGAAGAUCCUGGAGAGCGUGGCAGAGGGCCGAGCUUUGAUGUCAGUGAAGGAGAUGGCAAAAGGCAUUACAUAUGAUGAUCCAAUUAAAACCAGCUGGAGAGCACCUCGUUACAUCCUGGCCAUGUCAGAGGCUCGGCACAAUCGUGUGCGCAAGAAGUACCACAUCCUCGUAGAGGGAGAAGGCAUCCCACCUCCCAUCAAGAGCUUCAAGGAGAUGAAGUUCCCAGCAGCUAUACUGAGGGGCUUGAAGAAAAAAGGAAUCCAGCAGCCAACGCCUAUACAGAUUCAAGGCAUCCCCACAAUCCUCUCAGGAAGGGACAUGAUUGGCAUCGCCUUCACUGGCUCUGGGAAGACUUUGGUGUUCACCCUUCCAGUUAUCAUGUUCUGUCUGGAGCAGGAGAAGAGACUGCCAUUUUCUAAGCGAGAGGGACCCUAUGGACUCAUCAUCUGUCCUUCUCGAGAGCUGGCCCGGCAGACCCAUGGCAUCAUUGAGUACUACUGUCGCCUGCUGCAGGAGGACAGCCUGCCCCCACUGCGCUGUGCCCUCUGCAUUGGGGGAAUGUCUGUUAAGGAGCAGAUGGAGACGAUCAAACAUGGUGUGCACAUGAUGGUUGCAACCCCUGGCCGCCUCAUGGACCUACUGCAGAAAAAGAUGGUGAGCCUGGACAUCUGCCGCUACUUGGCCUUGGAUGAGGCUGACAGGAUGAUUGAUAUGGGCUUUGAGGGGGACAUCCGCACCAUCUUCUCCUAUUUCAAGGGCCAGCGGCAGACCCUUCUCUUCAGUGCAACAAUGCCUAAAAAAAUCCAGAACUUUGCUAAGAGUGCCCUGGUGAAGCCUAUCACCAUUAAUGUUGGGCGAGCAGGUGCUGCCAGCCUGGAUGUUGUGCAGGAAGUGGAGUAUGUGAAAGAGGAAGCCAAGAUGGUGUAUCUCCUCGAAUGCCUGCAGAAGACCCCACCACCUGUUCUGAUCUUUGCAGAGAAGAAGGCAGAUGUUGAUGCGAUCCACGAGUACCUUCUACUCAAGGGUGUGGAAGCUGUGGCCAUCCAUGGAGGCAAAGAUCAAGAGGAACGGACAAAAGCCAUUGAAGCCUUCCGAGAUGGGAAGAAGGAUGUUCUGGUUGCCACUGAUGUCGCUUCUAAGGGCCUGGACUUCCCUGCCAUUCAGCACGUCAUCAACUACGACAUGCCAGAGGAGAUCGAGAACUAUGUUCACCGUAUCGGGCGUACAGGUCGCUCAGGCAACACUGGUAUUGCCACCACCUUCAUCAACAAAGCCUGUGAUGAAUCAGUGCUUAUGGACUUGAAGGCUCUGCUCCUGGAGGCGAAGCAGAAGGUGCCUCCUGUGCUCCAGGUGCUGCACUGUGGGGAUGAGACCAUGCUGGACAUUGGAGGUGAGCGGGGCUGUGCCUUCUGUGGUGGCCUGGGCCAUCGCAUCACUGACUGUCCUAAGCUGGAGGCGAUGCAGACCAAGCAAGUCAGCAACAUUGGCCGCAAGGACUACCUAGCCCACAGCUCUAUGGACUUCUAGCCUGGGGACUGUGCUGCUCAGUGCUCCCCUGCAAAGGCCAGGAGUGGAGGUUGACUGUUUCCCUUUGACCUGGGGCUCACAUUCCAAAACCCAGACCAACCCUGUACCAGAGGACUCUCCUGCACUUCUGCGGCCUGUUUUUUUGGGACUGUCAACAGCUCAGCCUUCCUGAGCUCCUGCCCUAGAUGGAAAUGCGUGGAGCUGUGCUGCAGCAGCCCAAUAGAUCAGUGUCACACUGCUGUGAGGUGUUGGGCAGGCAGGUAGUGGUGGGGGAAACUCGAGGUGGGGUGACUGGUUUGCGCAUGGUGGGCUGCUGCCCAUGCCUAGGGCACAUCUAGCCCCUCCAAAGCCCCACAGUCUCCUUCCUCUCACCUUGAUCUGUGCAUCCUCAGCUGUUCCUGUUAACAGCAGCAGUGCUCUGGUGCAGCCAGGGCUAAGCCAAGCACGCUGUGCUUGUCAGGUGUUCCCCUGAGAGCUGCCUGUGCUCUCGCAGUAUGCGUUCUGCCCCACUGCCCCGCUGCAAGGGGUGGGCGGAUGGACACCUCCUGUGGCCCAGCCUUUGCCUCUCAUCCCACACACCAAAAAGGGGAAGUCUCAGAGAGAAGGAAGUCUGCCCCAUGCAGUUGCUUUGGCUGAAUCAGUCACAUUUCUGUGCUGCCAGCAGCCUAAGCCCCAGGGCCCCGUGCUUGCUGCUGGGGCUGUGCUGGGCCCAUGGAGAGACCAGUGAAGGAUGGCAUCAUCUAUGUACAGCACUGCAAAUUUGGAAAGGUAAAAGGGCAGAGGGUGGGUUUGCGGCUGGAUGUAGGGUUUGCGCUGCUGGCAUGCUGCUUGGGGCUGGGCCUGACCCCCCCCCCCCCCGGCAUCUGGGAAGGGGAUGAGCAGAGCUGGACCCUUUGGGCUCCAGCUUUAGUGGUAGUGCUCUCCCACUGCUGAGGGGACUCAUCUGUGCAAGCACCAGCUUGUGCUCACCCCUGUGGGCUGUGUCCUUGCUUGGUCAUUGCGUGAUGUGCAGUGAAACAAUAAAGGUGUGUUACUGAGGCACA